ACUCACCCAUUGAGAUUUCUGUUUGUUUAAAACAGCUUUCAUGCUGCUGAUGCAGAGUGACCUGCAGCAUCUUUCCCAGCCUGUAUCAAAGACAGAUUGUCCCCCAAAAGAUAGCACUGGGGAUUUUUGGAUGGUUCUCCCCACCUCCUCCUCCUACACACACACACACACACACACACACACACACACACACACACACACACACACACACACACACACACGCUAAUAUAGCUAUCCAGUAAAGCCAUUCAAAGAAACUCUCCCCAUCCCUGUAUUCCCUUAGCAGCCCAUACCUGGCCCCUUCUAUUUGCCUUGCCAACAACCUGAAGCUGUAACACGUUUAAUUUUCCCAUGGGAAGACUUGACCACAGCUAUCAGUGACUGCUCUAUGGGCUCAAACGUGUGCGAUGGUGCAGUGCCGGGUUUUUCCACUCUAGAGCCCUGCAAGAUGCUUUUUGUCCAGUCUGAAUGGUAAGGCAGUCUGAGCCACACACGGCAUCAUGGAUUUUAGCACCUCAGCUAUGUUGGAUCAGCAGAAAGGUGACUCAGUUGAGGAAACUGACUUGACCCUGGUUUAUCAGGCAGCAGAAAAUGGAGAUGUCAACACACUGACUGCUGUGAUUAGGGAAGACCCUUCCAUUCUAGAAUGCUGUGACAGCGAAGGUUGUACUCCCUUGAUACAUGCUGUCUCUGGUCGUCAGGUUGACACCGUGAAGCUACUGUUGAAGAUGGGAGCCAAUAUUAAUACUCAAGAUUCCUGUGGACGCACUAGUUUAUCACUGGCGACUUAUGAGGGAUGGCUAGAAGGCUGUGUAAGUCUGCUCAGAAAUGGUGCCAAACAGAAUAUUCCAGACAAAAAUGGGCGCCUGCCACUGCAUGCCGCAACUGCUGAGCCAGAUGUGAAACUCAUAACAGUGCUCCUACAACAGUCGAAUCCCAGUGAGAUAAAUCACCAGGACAACGAGGGGAUGACACCUCUUCACUGGGCUGCUUUCCAUAACCGGCCACAACAUGCACAAAUCCUGCUGGAGAAAGGAGCCGACCCAACAAUGGUUGACAAGGAUUUCAGAACCGCCCUCCACUGGGCUGCCCAGAGUGGAAACAAAACUCUAUGCUCCAUCAUUUUAAGCCAUCACCAGGGCCAGUCCAUCAUCAACUAUGAUGAUGAGAAUGGGAAGACAUGUGUGCACAUUGCUGCUGCUGCAGGUUACAGUGACAUUAUCAGUGAGCUGGCAAAAGUCCCAGACUGCAACCUCCAGGCUCUGGACGUGGAUGACAGGACACCCCUCCACUGGGCAGCAGCAGCCGGAAAAGCUGAAUGUGUCCAGUCGUUACUGCAGCUCGGCUCAGAGAGUAGCCCUCGGGACAUCAAUGAGAACACUCCUCUGGCUUACGCCGUGCGCUGUGGACACACCGCGUGCAUCAGCCUGCUCUCUCAGGAAAGCAGCAGACUUCUAAAGAAGGAGAGACCAUUCAGCAUGCUUAACCAAAUCUUCUGUAAGAAGAAGAAGGAAGAACAGAGAGCCAAUGAGAAGGACCAGAGCCAGGACAGGUACCAGGGAGAAGGGGCUUCGGAAGUUGAUGACAUCAUCACUACCUUUGACUGCAUUGCAGAUACUAACUGCCAAGAGUUACCUGAUCCAAGACUGCUGAUGGUGGACUUAAGGAAAAGGGCCACGGAAACUUCGAAGUAUCUCACAUCAGAAAAGAAGCAGCAUGAGCGUAAGGGACUUCCACCAAUCAGAACACGGAGUCUACCACCCAUCACUCCUGGCAACUCCUUCCUAACAGCCUCCCAGAGAACCACUUCUCAGAUUGGCCUAGGUUCCAAUCCUCCCCGUUUUGCAUGUAAAUCUCAAAAAAGUAGAAGUGAACACGACCUAUUAGAUCACAGGACUGGCUGCCAGGCAUUGGUAGAUAAUCCUUGGCCAGCUGACUCUAAUCAAGUCUUCUCCUGCAAAGCUUGGACUGUGUCUCCUUCAGGUAAGAUGCCAGAUGGAUUGCUGGCUGGAAGACCAAGUCAUGUCGAGUUCUUAGGACCAGUACAGCCGCUACCCCGGUCUAAUCGUACACCAGGGCAAAGUUUUCAGCACUUUCCCCUAGACAGACCCAAAGUAAAGGAUAUUCCUUUCGUGCGCAACAGUCUAGCCCCAAUACCACCUCACUGUGUUCGGAAAUUUCUGUCUGGAGAACCUUUAAGGACAAGCCGGGUGCUUCCUGCCAUCCCAAGCCAGAAAGGACCCACCAUCCCAAGAGAAGAGAGUGAAGACCCUUCCAGAACACCGUCUGAUGAGAAAUAGCCAUGGGCCACUGGUUGAAGGGAAAACCAGAAUAGAUAAAGCCUAAAUAUUUUAAUGAUGACUUUAUCAUAGUUCAUAAGAAAGAUGCAUUUGUAAGUUGUGUAUUAAUGAGCCAUUGCAGUUUUCUUGUAACUUCACAUUCUCAACUCUAAAAAUAAUACAGUUUAGCAAAGAAGUAUUUGGAAUUUCAUAGCAUAUGAACAUAUUUUGUACAUUGUAAGUUUAUAAGUUUCUGUGAUUUCCACAUACAAGAAAUAGUGUAAAUAUAUAUUCUCAACAGCUUGCAAAAUUGGGUUUGCUCUCUAGCAAGCUUUUUGAUUUUAUUAAGUUAUUUCUCAAGUAAUAAAAAAAAGGCAAUAUGCUUUGCUGACUUUCAUAUUAUAAAGACGCUCCAGGCUGGAUUGGAAAACAUUUCAUCUUGAAGAAUUUUUGCCUUAAUUAAAAGUAAUGACUACUCACA